AUGCAUUUAAGUCCUUCUAUUUAAAAACGGGACUCUCCAAAUGAAAUUCUAAAAGCAAGAAUGGAAAAAAAACCAAGUGGACGAUUUACAUUUCUUAAAACUCAAUAAGAAGAUCCUCAUUAAUAAUAGGUUUAAAAUAACCGAGAUCGCAUAAAAUCUAAUUUAAAGGGUAUUGAAUUUUAAUAAUGAGUAGGUUAGAUUCUGCACAUUUUAAAUAAACCUCUACCUGUUACAAAAGAUCAAAUUGAAGAAUUACUAGACUUAGGUAAAAAAUUAGAUAUAGAAAUUAAUACAAUUGACUCUGAAUUUAUAUGUCCUAAUACAAAAGAAUUUCAUGAAAAUUAUGACAUUUUAGAAGUAUUAGGAGAAGGAUGUUUAGGAUUAGUAAAAAGGAUUGUUCAUAAAACUACUUAAGAUUUAUAUGCUGUAAAAAUAGUACAAACUCAAGAUGAUGAAAUAAUUAGAAAUGUAAAAUUGAAUUGAAUUUUAGAUGAUCAUUGAAUUUAAGAGAUUAAUUAAAUUAUCACAUGAAAAUAUUGUUAAAGUUCAUAAAUUAUAUGUUGAUUUUGAUAACAGCUUCUAAUCUGAAAGUAAAGCUUAUGUUGUGAUGUAAUUGAUUGAAGGAUAGGAGAUGUUUGAAGUAUUAAAUUCUUUGGGACAUUAUUGUGAAGCUGAUGCUAAAGAAAUAUUUAAAUAAUUGUUAAGUGCAAUUGAAUAUAUGCAUAGAAAUGGAAUCUGUCAUAGAGAUUUAAAACCAAAUAAUAUUCUUUGUGUAAAUAGUACUAAUCAUUUUGUUAUUAGAUAAAAAGUAAAUCAAAGUGACUGACUUUAAUGUUAGCAAAUUUAGUGAUUCAUAUAAAGAAUUUGGAGAUCUAAAAGAUAGAGAGAAAAUUGAAAUGUGGACAUAUACUGGAACAGUUGCAUUUUCUGCUCCUGAAAUUUUCACAGGAGAAGGAUACAAGUAAUUUUAUUGUGUAUAAAAUAUUAGUUAAAUGGUUGAUAUGUGGAGUGCAGGUUGUAUUUUAUAUUCAAUGUUAUCAGGAUAAUUACCAUUCAAUGCAGAUUAGUAUAUAUUUAUAUAUAUAAUAUUAGUCUCAAUGAUUUAAUAGAUAAUAUAAAAGAAGCUAAGAUAAGUUUCCCAAUUGAAUUAUUUGAAGGAGUUUCUGAAGAAGCUAAAGAUCUAAUCACUCAAUUAUUAUAAAAAGAUUGGGCUUUAAGACCUCAUCCUGAUUAAGCAUUAAAACAUGAAUGGUUUAAUGAAGAUUAAAAAUUAUUAGAAAGCCAAAGGAGUCUAUUAAAGAGAUUAAAUCAUAGGAAGAAUGAUCCUAGAUUAAUUCUAAAAUAAAGACACAAUAAAAGAUAAUAAUCAAUUUUGUUAGGUUCUUAAUAAUUGAUAAUUAAUCUUCAUUCUAUGGAAUUACAAUAGGAGACUCGUUUAUAAGAGACUUAAUAAUAAAUAUCAAACAUGGGUUCUAUGAGAUUAGAAUCCUGUCCAAAAAAGAGUUAAUUCAGUUUUACUGCUUAUAAAGUACCUGAAAGUGAACUCAGUAUUUAUUAAUAUUUGCCUCCUUCUUCACCAGAUAAAGAAAUAGAGAAAGUAGGAUCUUUUGAAUCUGGAAUGCUGGAUCCCUUUAUGUAAUGUUCAGGUAGAUUAUUUGGAGAUGAUAAAAUAAAGAAUCUCGAAGAUAAUUCUGAUUAAGCUUGUUGAUAUUAUAAAC